AUGCCAGCCAGACCCAACUCUGCAGUAAUCCUCUCACAGACCAACAAACAAGGGAAGAAAAUUAAACCCAACAAGAAUGAGAAGACAAAUGCAGAAAAAGUUGCUGUCUACGUGCCAAACAUCCCGGAGCCAACGAGCAGAGCUGAGCUCAUGAAGCAUUGGUUGAAUUUGUCUUUGGACGAUAAAACUGCCAACAAGAUGCUGUGGAUUUCUGACAACGGGUCGAAGGUGUGUCGUAGAACUGAGGAGGUUUGUCCCGUCCUGGACAGACCGGAGAGAUAUGAGUACUCUCCACAGGUGCUGUGCAAAGAGGUUAUCUGGAACAUGAGGGCUUACUGGGAGGUGGAGUUCUCAGGGUGGGUGGUAAUUGGAGCCACCUACAUAGGAGCAGGCCGGAGGGCAAACACCGGGCCGAGCGGCCUUGGAGAGAACGAGGAGUCCUGGGGUCUGUGCUGGUCAGGAACGCGCUACCAGAUCUGGUACAACGGCAUAGACAAGGACAUAAACAACAUCCCUUAUUGCUCCACCAUCGGAGUUUAUCUCGACCAGCCCGCAGGGAUCAUAAGCUUUUAUGCAGUGACCGGUGAGGGAGCGGACAGGGAGGUGGAGCUGCUGUAUAAAGUUAAGAGCACCCUUGACAACAAGAUCCUUCCAGGUUUCUGGGUGGGAAUUCAGUCGUCAUGCACGAUAUUAAAGAGGCCGAACGAAUUCGCUGAAAAUGAUCAAAAAAGUGUUGUGUAA